AUGUCAUUUAGCAAGACCGAAUUAAAUAUACAAUUAUUUGCUUCAACUCCUGGUGAUAAGGAACAAGAGAAGAAGGCUUCGGCUACUACUUCUGCCGCUCGCAAAAAGGAAAGUGCAGCAAAGCCGGAAAGAUCUGCUGCUGCUACUAUAAAAACACAGAAAGUUGCCUCUAAGGCUAAGCCAAAAACUAAGAAUACCAAAAAGAAGGCUGCUGCUGGUAUGAAGCACAAACUCUCCUCGAAGGCUAAGGCUGUAGCUUUGCUAAAGCCUAAAAAGGCCCAGAACAAUAUUAUCAAAGACGCUUUAAGUACCCGUGUACGUAAAGUAAGAACAAAUGUACAUUUCCGCAGACCUACGACCUUGAAAUUGGCCAGCAACCCCAAGUAA